AUGCCCGCCCCAGACACCACCAAUGCUGCCCGCCGCAGCGGUAGGCGCAAACCCGACCUGAAUAUCGACACUUCAUCGUCGCCGCCGCCGCCUCCCCCGCCGCCGCGCGCCAGAGACCGGGACCGCAACCGAGACAGAGACAGAAACAGAGACAGAGAUUGGGACCGUAACCGGGACAGGGAUAGAGAGAGGGAUAGGGACCGAGACCGAGACAGAGACAGAGACGGGGACAGAGAGGAGGGGGACAGGCACAGAAACAGAGAUAGAAACUCCCUCCCGCAUACGCCCACCGGCGAUUCUCCCACAGGUGGCCGGGCGGCGUUGCACCUGCAGCCCGACGCCCAGGGACGGGACACAGCCGACAUUGAGACAUUCCUCGAGGGCCUCACCCCCGUCGACAUCCCGAUCGGCAUGUCCAACAAAGAAAACGACCGCCCCGAACCACACCGCCCCACCGCCCGCGACUCGCACGACCUCUCGCUCUCGCCGCGCCAGGUUACACGCGACUCGCUCGUCACCAACAUGCUGCUCUCGCUCGACCAGCUGUCAAUGGGCCAGGUCGGCACGUCUUUCGGCCCCUCGGGAUCCGCCUUUGACGAGCCCGCCAUCUACCCUUCCUACAACGACGACACCCGUGCUAUGACCUUCAAUUCGACCUUCAAUUCGAGAUCGGGCCGCGCUAACGGACACGGAUACUCGUACAGCUCCGACUUUGAGGGUGCCGACGACGCGAGCAGGAUAUCCUCGAGGGGUCGCCGCAGCAACAGCAGCUCUGGUUACCAACCGGGACUGGGCCGCAUCAACAGCAUGCGUGAGCUCUCGCAGCGCAGCCCGGGGCGCGCCCUCCACUCGAGGGGCGGCAAGGGGAGCAAGAGCAGCAGCACGACGAGCGUCGAUGCAGGAUACGCCCAGGUUUUGGGAAGCCAGCGCUGGGCCCGCGGUUUCGGGGGGAGGUCGUCUAGUUUUGAUGGGGAGCAGCGGCCCUCGCCCGCGCCGUGGCAGGUCGAAUUCCCCAGCUCCUUUUUCAACGACGGAUACGAUGCCGCCCCGACCCCGACCGUGCCAGGCGGGCCACGCAAGCUCACGACAGCCCCGUCGAUGCCCGUAAUGCCACCGCCCGAGCCUAGGACGGUGUCGAACUCGCCUGCGAGAACUGCUGGCCCCGAACGACGCCGGAGUACUCGAUCCUCAAGAAGCGCCACCGUCGGUCGCAAGCCAGAACCCAAGUUCAACCCGUUGCGCGACGCACCGCCGCUCCCCGUCCUCGACCUCGAUUCAGCACCCGCCCCACACGUUGGAUAUGAAAAGGCAAAGGAGCUGCUCCCGCCGUCAUCCAUGAGCGUGACCCCGCAGCCGAAAGAGAAGCAGGGCUUUUUCAGGAGAAUGUUCGGAUCGUCCAAAACCGCCGUGUCGAGCGCGGCCUCUUCACCCCAGGUCUCGACCUUUUCGCAACCCAAAUCCUCCACCCCGCCGCCACGCGAGUCACAGCAGCCAGCCGCCCACACACUGCAGAAGAAGACAUCCUCCUUCUUUCGGAGGCGGAAGCACUCGGUCACAGAUACGGAGCCACCACCAGUGCCGGUCGUGCCCUUGGUCAAACUACCUCCUGACAGAGUCGAGGCACUCUCUGCGAAACCCGAGCCGAGCCCCAUUACCAGCCUACGACGGGCCAUGGACCCAUUCCUGCAGGAGAGCCCACUCUCCUCCUCUGUACAAACGUCCGCCGACGUCCCGUUACCUUCCAUCGAGCCCCACGAGGCCCGGGAUAGCUCAGGGAGAGGCGCGGCCGAAGAGGAUGAGGGCCGCAUACCGAGAGGCUUCUCGCCCGACUAUGAGCCGAGUCCGAAAGCCGUCAUCCGCAAGGUUGACCCCGAGCCUACAGGGCCCCGUCCCGCCGCCACUCCUACCCGUCAGACUGGUGGGACACCCGUGGAUUCGCCGCCGAAAUCAUUCCUAAAGGACAACAGCGACAGCGAGGACAGCCCCGUGCGGCAGCGGAAGCCGCCACGUUCCGAAACCCGCGAGAAGGGCCUCAAGCCGGAGCCACGACCAGACGGGCGCUCGCGAUCGCCCUCGCCCGCCGUGUCGAAAUCCAGAAGCGUGCCCAACCUAAAUAGGGAGGCUCGUUUGUCGGCCCGGGAGGGGCCGAAGCUGACGCUCCUGACCGACCGCCGGGAUUCCCACACGCUCGGCCUGACACCCGAGACGGGCGGCGGAGUUGCGUACAAGCACAGCGUGCCGAGCCUGCGCAUCGACAGCGCGGAGCCCAGCCCCAGGGGCAUGGGGACCGGUGAGUCCGUCAGCCAUUCAGCCAAGUCGAUCGACGAGCCCGAGGUGGUGGUUGGUGACCCCACCGAGGACGACCGCCAAAAGGCGCAGGGGAUAUACGACGGAAACGAGGAGUUCAUCCAGAAGGACAGGGCGGCAGCCUGGAUGGGCGAGGAGGGCAUCGUGCGCCAGCGGACCUUGCGGGCUUACAUGGAGCUCUACGACUUUGAGGGCCAGAGCGCCGUGGCCAGCUUGCGGCAGGUGUGCCAGCGGUUGCUCCUCCGAGCCGAAACGCAGCAGGUCGACCGCAUCUUGGUGGCCUUUUCGAAACGGUGGUGUGACUGCAAUUCUAACCACGGCUUCAAGUCCAUGGACGUUAUUCACACCAUUUGCUAUUCGAUUAUUCUGCUCAACACCGAUCUCCACAUGGCCGACAUCGACCACAAGAUGACGAGGAGCCAGUUCAUCAAGAACACCAUGACCACCAUCAGACAGGCCGUCCAGGAAUCGGUCCCUGAUGCGUUUGAACGGCCCAGCAUCCUCCCAGGAAAGGGGAAUCUGGAUGGCGAUGGCCGCACAUCUGACGAGUUCAAACACAACAGCUUCCGGGCGUCCUUCAAACCGCCGGCGCGGCCUAACUCGGCUCUGGGUGUCUUCUCCGACCAAACGCCGGGCGAGAGUUGUGGCCCGCUUGUGAAGGCACCGUUUGACGGGCCGCUCCGCGCCUGGGAGAACCAGGUCGAGAUCGUGCUCAAGGACAUCUACGCCUCGAUCCGCGACGAUCGCCUGCCGCUGUUUGGCGCCGACUCUACCCCGCAAACCCCCAGCGGCCUCUCGGUUAUGGGAAUGCUCAAGCGGACACCCAGCGUACUGAGCAAGGCGCCAUCGGAGAGCGUUGCGUCUAGCCGGGGCCGGGUUUCCGAAGUGGCCAAGGCGAACUCGUCGAGGUGGAACUCCAAGAGCCGCUCACGCCCGAGAGGCUUUAACACCGGCUUCUCAUCGAGUAGGACGAGCUUUGAGGACGGCAACUCGGUCUGGACACCGACCGACUCGUCCGCGACCUGGAGCAAACUCUCACUGGGUAGAACCCACACGUCCAUGUCGAUGGAUUCCUUUGGCUCGUCGUACCCCCGCGGCGAUUUCCACCAGUCCAUCGGCUUUGCCAACGCGCUGAGCCAGGCCAUCAUCCGCGAGGACAGCGCGCUCGAGUCUAUGGAGAUCAAGAGCGAGCAGCUGCUCGAGGACGAGUCCUUGGAGCUUGCCGGCCCGCCGUGGGUGAAGGAGGGUAUCGUUACUCACAAACACCAUCUCGACGGCAUCGACAAGCGGGCUCGGGACCGCAACUGGCAAGAGGUGUUUGCCGUCAUCCAGAAGGGGCAGCUCAGCCUUUUUUCUUUUUCGCCCAACAAGUCCCUCCGCAACAAGAACCGUCGGGGCCUGGGCGGGAAUCCACCCAAGGGUGCCGUGGUCGGCGGCGGCAAUUGGCAAGACAAUGCCACCAACCUGGGCACCUUCUCGCUGCGCCAGACCCUCGCCUCGGCGCUCCCCCCACCAGGCUACUCCCGCGCCCGCCCGCACGUCUGGGCCCUGUCCCUGCCCACCGGCGCCGUGCACCUCUUCCAGGUCGGUACGCCCGAGAUCUGCAAAGAGUUCGUCAGCACCGCCAACUACUGGAGCGCCCGCCUCAGCACGCACCCGCUCGUCGGCGGGAUAUCCAACAUCGAGUACGGCUGGAGCGACGCCAUCAUCAAGAGCGCCGCCACCACCGCGGCCGCCAACGACAGCACCACCAGCGUCAACGGCCGGCCGCCCAGCAGCGCCAAGGGCCACUCCCGCCCCGGCAGCGCCGUCAACGCCGCCGCCGUCGCAGCCGCCACCAUGGCCGGCAUCGGCCGCUCGUCCAUGCAAUCGGGCCGCUCCAUCCGCUCUGCCUCCUUCGACUUCGCCGUCCGCCCGGGCUCCGGGUCCUCGGGCGUCCUCGGCGCCACCCUCCCGCGCCACCUCACCAACACCACCACCAACACCACCACCCCCAAUACCACCACAAACUCCCACCACAAACUCCCCGGCGACCGUAUCCACAUCACCGACUGGUCCCCGCCGCCGCAAUCCAUGCGCCCCUCCCCGCUCGCCGAGCCCGAACAGCUCGACUCGCUGCUUAGCUACGUGCGCUCCAUCGAGGCCGACCUGCAGGCCCACAACGCCCUGCGCUCCCCCAUGCUCGGCGCCUUCUCGCCGCGCUCGGCCAACGCGGCCAAGGCCAUGGCCAACUGGGAGCGCAAGAGCGAGUAUUUGCUGAGGGAGAUUGUGAAGUUUCGGACGUAUGUCGAGUGUUUGAGGGGGGCAGGCGUCAGGAAGGGGGAGAUUUAUCGGGAGAGGGGGGUGGGGGUGAACGGGGGAGCGGAGGAGGGGGGAGAUAAGGGGGGGGAUGCGGAUGCGGAUGCGGAUGAGGAGGUUGUGGUCGGGGGGUUGGGAGUACCGCCUCCUCUUGGUGGGAGGGGGAGGUGA